GAUGCGAAGUGAAGCGUAGCAAAACUCGUCCCCUUAUAUACCAUGCGAACCCUGAUACAUAUAACAAUAGAAUAUCCAACUAAUAUGGCGGAUUAGCAAAGAAAUAUGGCGGACAUAUAGAAUUAUACUAUAUUUAUUAAUUCAGGUCAGCUUUAACUGACUAGCACUGGUCAAUUCUCGAAUGUGACGUAAACAAACAGGGACGAAAUAAACAAAUCAUAUCUGUAUGAAUAUUGGACUGGACAGCAACGACAAACUUUGACAGCAUACGAGAUUAACGACGAUGAUCCCGGUUGUUGAUUUAGCACAGUAUUCAUUGUCGGCAUCCCUCGAUGAUACCCCCACAUCCACGUUGAAAAAACUUGGUGACGAAAUUUGCUCUGCGUUCAAAGAGGUUGGCUUUGUAUAUCUUAUAAACCACGGGAUCCCAACAGAAAUGGUGGAAGAUACAUUUGCAUUGUCCAAAACGUUUUUCAACAAACCAGUGGAUAUCAAACAAAAGUAUGCCAAACCUGCUGACGAAUUUCACGGGUGGAUUGCACUGGAGCAAGAAAGGUUAAACCCAGAUAGACCAGUUUCAGACUUACGAGAGGCAUACAACAUGAGACCCACGAAAAGCACGACUGUGCCAAACGACAUCUUACCUGAAUUUACGAAAGCUUUCGAGGAUUUCUUCUUCACCUGUGAAAAACUUGCGUGGCGGAUCUUAGAUCUUUUGUCCAUUGGACUGGAUAUUGACAGAGAGUAUUUGCGGCAAUGCCAUCAACUUAUGGGCAAAGGACAUAAUACAACGACAUUGCGAGCUAAUUACUACCCUCCAAUUAAAGAUGUUAAAGAAGGACAGGUUCGGUGUGGGGAGCAUUCGGACUAUGGUACAGCUACACUUCUCUUCCAGGAUGACAUAGGGGGAUUGGAGAUAAAAGCACCAAACGGAGAUUAUAUGCCAGUAAAGCCCAUAGAGGGCGCAAUAGUAAUGAACCUUGGUGACCUAAUGGAAAGAUGGACUGCAGAUCGCCUGAAGGCCACGAAACACCGCGUGCUUUUACCAGUGGAAGAAAUCAAACAAAAGAAGGGCAGACAAUCAUUUGCUUUCUUUAUUCAACCGGACGAUGACGUCAUGAUCACAUGCUUAGAUAAAUCCAAUAAACAUCCACCAAUAUCUACCUUGGAUUAUUUGAAGCAGAGAUUUGCAGCGACAUAUUGAUUGAGGAAACUGUUUUCCGAAAUUCGUUACCUUGACGUUUUAUACUGGACUAUUCUGAUACACUUGCAUCACAUUAAAAAACUACAAUGUAAUUUAAAGAAUGCUACAGGUUUUCAACUUAACUAAAUCUAACUUGAUGACCUUGAAUGCAUUGUCAUUUACAACAGAGAUUUACAUUUUAGAGACAUUUUGCCCUAGUAACGACAUGUACUAUAAGCUUGAACGAGUAUUCAAAUCUCUAAGAAAAAUAGGAAUAUAUUGAAAUUUCUGCAAAGCUUAAAAAUUUCUACAAAGCUUGAAAAAAAAAAAGAAAGAAAAAAAGGAAAUUGUAUGUUUUAAUGUAUUAUACCGGAGACAUUAUAUGGUGUGUGUGCGUGUGUGUAUUUCAUUAUUAUUUUAAUACGCCCUGAAACUGAUGUUUAUUCUUAUCUAGCAUAUUUAUGGUAUCUUGUGUUUUCAUGUUUUAUAUGUACAAUGAGGAUAGGUACAGCUUUUAAUGUUUUAUUUAUUUUCUAUGUAUUAUGUGUAUAACAUUCCCUUGUAAGGUAUAUAUGCAUUGUAAAGCACCUUUGAGCGUACAUAGUGUAUGAAAAGGGUGCUAUAUAUGUAACCGGUCUUGAGUAUAUGAAUAAUCCACAAGAUGGUUAAGGUCGUAGAUUCGUUUACUUUUUGGAAACAAUGAAAACAAACCCUAUAACAACAAUAAAAACAUAUAAGGACAAAUACAAUACAAAGACAAAAGACACUAUCGAACAUAUGAUAUAUGCAACGAUACAGAUAUAUAUCUAUUGGUCAUCAUUUUAUCGUCAAAGGAAAUAACUCUCUGAACCAUCAAUUAUAAGUAAUUGAUAUUAAAAAAAUGAAUAUAAUGUACUGCAGUGAAUUGCAUAUGUACUUGUACAUACCAGUUUAUGGAACUGGGCUACAGCUUCCGAAAUCAAGGUGAACUGCUUAAAACUCUUAUGAUGACCUAUUGAAUAAUUUACUAAAAUACUAAAUUCUGUACACAUAUAUCACUCUGCGCAUUUAUAUUACUUAAAACUCAUUAUUUACUUAAAGAACAGAAAUUAUGUUUUUCCACAAUUCUACUUUCAGUAAAUCUUUCACUCACGACUUGCACACAAGUUUUAUGAAUAAAGAAAAGUUUAAUUACU